AGUCCGACUCCCGGCUCUGGAACUUGGUUGGCAAGCUGAUCCUGGAGAAUAUCCCGAGGAGGUUCAGAACGAUUCGGACGAUCGAAAAGGAUUAACACGGGGAGGUCCUGCCGGUGGUAGAAAGAGAGACGAUUCCAAUUUUGAAAAGAGCACGAAGGAAGAAUGAAACGACAUUUGGCAUUCCUGGCGUUCGCCGGUGCCUGCUUGGCGGCGAGGGACUCCGGGUGUCCUCGGGUGUGCCCAUCUCCGGGCCCUUCUGACCCAGUCUGCGCCUCGGACGGAGUCAUUUAUCCCAGUGUCUGUGAAAUGAAGAAAAGGACUUGCGGAAGAGGCGUACGGACAGCUGCGGAAGGAUCGGGCCUUUGCGUACGAGCCAACGACUCAGAAUGCGACCAUAGGUGUGGGAAGGAAAGAGACCCGGCGUGCGGAACGGACGGCCACACCUACCUCAACCCGUGCCUACUCCGCGUCCAGACAUGCAGAACUGGAGUGCAGUUUUCGCACAUGGGCCCGUGCAACAACAUAAGCGCACAUCGGGAGAACUGUCCGGUGAAUUGCGAUAUGGCGCCUAAGGAUGGUCCUGUCUGCGGCAGCGACGGUAACGUUUACAUGAAUUCUUGCCUCAUGAAGAAACUAACUUGUGGUCAGGGGGUGGUGAAAACAUCGAAGAAGAACUGCCAAACGACGAGGCAUUGCCGUGAAUCGUGUUGGAGGAACGCGAAGCCGACCUGCGGCUCUGAUGGAAUCGUCUAUUCCAAUUCGUGCCGUAUGAAGAGCAAGAACUGCGGAAAACACGUUUUCGAGGUGCCGAUGGCGUAUUGUCUCUCCCAAGAAAGGACGAGCGGUCAGAAGGACGAAGCGUGCCCGACUUCUUGCCCCGAAGAACAGGGCGUCGUCUGCGGCUCGGACGGGAACGUCUACAGCAGCGAGUGCGAAAUGAACCUUCUCAACUGCGGUUCUCAUGCAAAGAGGAAAGUCGUCAGGGUGGACUUCGAGAAAUGUAAGAAUCGAGUAAACAAGUGUGCUAAAAUCAAGUGUGACGAUGUAACUGAGGAAGUAUGCGGAUCCGAUGCGAAAACAUAUCAGUCUUCUUGUCAUCUCCAAGUCGCCUCUUGCAUGAGAGGAGUCCAGCUGGCCCAUUUAGGAAGGUGCGUCGAACUGUUGAAACACGAAGAAUGCCCAGAUAGUUGCGAUGACGCCGAGACUUCUCCUACCUGCGGCUCAGACGGAAACGUAUACAGAUCCGAAUGUGAUUUAAAACGCCUCACUUGCGGCCAGAGGGUGGUCCCGGUUCCACUUCGCAACUGCCCGACCACUGCCGGUUGCGGCCUCGAGUGCCCGGACCACAGGAACUACGUCUGCGGAUCCGACAACAGGUUCUACAGAAACGAAUGCCAGAUGAAGAGAGACAACUGUGGGAAACAUGUGUUCGUCGUGCCGAUCAAGCGAUGCCUCGUCGGCUUCCAGUUCCAAGGCUGCUCUAAGAUCUGCCCCACGCUCUACGAUCCCAUCUGCGCGUCUGACAACAAAACCUACUCGAACGACUGUUUCCUAGAGCUGGAGAACUGCCGAUCGCGGAGCCUCCUCACCGUCGUCCAUCCUGGAAAGUGCGGCCAACCCGUAAAACCCAACAACAACUAUCUCUACUAAAAGAAAAAGAAGGAAAGGCAAGUCAAAGAAAGACAGGUUUUAAGUCAUUUCCAUUUGUCUCUAGUUGGUUAUAUAACGCGGUUAUAUAUAUAUUUAUUUAUUUAUAACUCUCAACCUUUUCCACUUGAAAUCCCAUUACCAGUACUUUUCUUUUAGAAAAGGAAGGGACUGUGGAAAAGGGAAUUUUUGAUAUUGUAAAUACAGAUAUUUUACAGUA